GAACAGAAAAUAAAGGCAAGCAAAAUCUCCUUGGCCCUGAUUGGAACUGCAUGCCCCAGAUGACCACCUUCAUUGGUGAAGGGGAACAAGAAGCCCAAAUCACGUACAUAGAUUCUAAACAGAAGACUGUUGAGAUGACAGACAGCACCUUGUGUCCCAAAGAGCACCGGCACUUAUAUCUUGACAACACAUAUAGUUCAGAUGAACUUAACCAACCACUGACUCAGCCAGGUGAUGCUCCCUGCGAGGCUGACUAUAGAAACCUGGCUCAGCGGUCCCUGUUGACCAUCUCAGGACCAGACACCCUGAAGAAAGCACAGGAAUCUCCGCGAGGAGCUAAAGUGUCCUUUAUUUUUGGAGAUCUUGCCUUAGAUGAUGGCAUGAGUCCCCCGACUCUAGGCUAUGAAAGACUGUUAGACGAGAAUCCAGAAAUGCUGGAGAAGCAAAGGAGUCUUUACAUCAGCAGUGCCAAUGACAUGAAAAAUCUGGACCUCACCCCAGACACAGAUAGCAUCCAGUUUGUGGCAAAUUCUGUAUAUGCAAACAUAGGUGAUGUGAAGAACUUUGAGGCCCCUGAGGGGAUAGAGGAGCCCCUCUUACAUGAUAUCUGUUAUGCAGAAAACACUGAUGAUGCAGAAGAUGAAGAUGAGGUAAGCUGUGAGGAGGACCUCGUGGUGGGUGAGAUGAACCAACCAGCCAUCCUUGACCUGUCAGGGUCAAGUGAUGACAUCAUUGACCUCACGACCCUGCCUCCUCCAGAAGGAGAUGACAACGAGGAUGACUUCCUCCUGCGUUCUCUGAACAUGGCCAUCGCUGCUCCCCCUCCUGGCUUUAGAGACAGUUCUGAUGAGGAGGACACUCAGAGCCAGGCAACAUCCUUCCAUGAGGACAAGGAGCAAGGCAGCAGCCUGCAGAAUGAGGAGAUCCCUGUGUCCCUCAUUGAUGCUGUGCCUACCAGCGCAGAGGGCAAGUGUGAGAAGGGACUAGACCCUGCCGUUGUUUCCACACUGGAAGCCCUAGAAGCUCUUUCAGAAGAACAGGAGAAGAGUGAAAAUUCAGGUGUAGCCAUCUUGCGGGCUUAUAGUCCCGAGUCUUCAUCAGACUCAGGCAAUGAGACUAACUCUUCUGAAAUGACAGAGGGUUCUGAGCUUGCUGCAGCACAGAAGCAGUCGGAAAGUCUCUCCCGCAUGUUCUUGGCCACUCAUGAAGGUUAUCACCCUCUGACAGAAGAGCAGACAGAGUUCCCCACCUCCAAAGCCUCCUCCGGGGUCUUGCCUCCAAAGUCCUCCCAUUCCCUGGCUGCUCGCCCAGUGACCGACCUCCCACCCAAAGUUGUGCCUUCCACCAAGCAGAUCCUUCACUCAGACCACAUGGAAAUGGAGCCAGAAACCAUGGAGACCAAGUCGGUCACUGACUAUUUUAGCAAACUGCACAUGGGGUCAGUGACAUAUUCCUGUACCAGCAAAAGGAAAAGCAAGCUUGCUGAGGGAGAGGGGAAAGCCCCCCUGAGUGGGAAUGCACCAGGGAAAAAACAGCAAGGAACCAAAAUGGCAGAGAUGGAGGAGGACACCAAAGGCAAAGUUGGUACUGUGUCUUCAAGAGACAAUCCACACCUUAGCACUUUCAACCUGGAAAGAACUGCUUUUCGCAAGGACAGCCAAAGAUGGUAUGUGGCCUCUGAUGGUGGGGUGGUAGAGAAAGGUGGAAUGGAAACACCAACCAUGAAAACCUUUCCCAGAGGUCCAAGUCUGGGGAAUCGAGAGGCUGAAGGGAAGGAGGAUGGCACUGUCGAAGGAGAGGCUGACGAUGCUUCAGGACUUGGCCAAGGAGACCGCUUCCUAAUAGAUAUGGCCUGUGUGGCCUCAACCAAAAACUUAGACAACCCUGAAGAUGCUGACUCACCCACUUGUGACCAUGCCAUUAAGCUUCCUGAGGCUGAAGACAGUGUGGCUCACCUUUGUGACUAUCAUUUGGCCAAGCGAAUGUCAUCCCUGCAGAGUGAGGGACAUUUUUCUCUACAGAGCUCACAAGGCUCCUCAGUGGACACAGGCUGUGGCCCAGGCAGCAGUAGCAGUGCCUGUGCUACUCCUGUGGAAUCGCCCCUCUGCCCCUCCAUGGGGAAGCACCUGAUUUCAGAUGCUUCUGGAAAAGGUGGGGGUUAUAUUUCACCAGAGGAGAGAACCACUGGCCAUCCCAAUCAUGGAGCCACCUUCAAGGAAUUACACCCACAGACAGAAGGGAUGUGCCCACGCAUGACAGUGCCCGCUUUGCACACAGCCAUUAAUGCUGACCCCCUGUUUGGCACUUUGAGAGAUGGAUGCCAUCGACUGCCCAAGAUUAAGGAAACCACAGCUUUGACAGAGCCUGGGAAGGAGAGACAAGGAGGCAUGCCUUUAGCUUGGUCUCAACACCCUGAAGCUGAUCCCAUCCUGCUACCAUCAAACAUUCACUUGGAAUCAAAGGUGCCAAGCCCAAAUAAAGACCCUAAUGAUUUCUCCCAAGCAAACCAGGCAUUCACAGAGGCUGUGAGCUGGUGGCCAGCGGAUCUGAGAGGGGGGAGCCUCAGAACACCCCCUAGCCAGAGGGCUCUCAGACAUAGCAGCAGUGUCCUCUCAGGACCUAUAGAUUUGGAGACUUUCCAAGACAGAACCAAGGGUGCAGUCAGCUUGAAGUAUCCAGGUAUCACAGAAGCACAGGAAGCUGGUUCAGAAAGACAAGCAGAACUUCCGCUGGGGAAGAAGCUCACCAAAAGUUUUUCCCAAAGCUCUAUGCACUUUAUCUCUGAGGGAAAGUUUCACAAAAGGUCCCCAGUGUCUCAUAAAGAUUCAAAGGUGUAUAGGACCCUACCCUUGCGGAAGCUGGAGGGAAGCAACUGGAGGUGCCGAGGACCCUUCAGCUACUGUUUUCUGAACCAAGGGCAGGAUGAAGAUGGGGAUGAUGAUGAAGAGGAGGCAGAGGCUACGCUUCAGGUCUCUUGUCUCUAUCAACCACAGAUAACUCAAGGCAUGCCAGAACCAAGUAACUCACCCCUGGUUGUUGGACUGCAGAAGAAAGGAGAACUGUCCAGAGGGCCAAUGCUGAAGGUCUGGACAGAAGACCCAAGUGGCCCAGAUGACUUGGACUUCAGCAGUCUGGCUUUUGAUGCCCGGAUUGCAAGAAUAAAUGCUCUAAAGGCAAGCACAUAUGGAAUGCCCGAUGGGUUCCUUGAAGCCCAGAAUGAUGCCAAUGAGCUGCUCUGCCUUGUCAGGGCAACCAAGGCAAAGAGAGAGGAGUCACGCCCUGAAGCAUAUGACCUUACACUUUCUCAGUACAAGCAACUGUUAUCCAUUGAGUCCAGACAGUUGGGAAGUGCCUGUAGGAAAAUGGCAAUGGCCGAGAAAAGCCCAGAAGAGAUGCUCCUAGCUAUGAGUUCCAGUUUUCAAGUCCUCUGUUGCUUAACAGAAGCUUGCAUGAGGUUAGUGAAAGUUGUGAACUCUGAAACACAGCGGCAGGAAAUUGUAGCAAAGAUUGAUGAAGUGGUCAUAAACUAUAUUUGUCUCCUGAAAGCUGCUGAGGCAGCCACUGGCAAGACCACUGGCGAUUCUAGUUUUGGACUGUCGAUGCGACAUUCAACUACCAUGGCCGCUCUUGUAAGCACACUAACACGUUCUCUCAAGAUGCUUUUAAAUAAGUAAAUAUGAAAGUCACAUCAUAAUCUACCUUUGCAAAGCCAUACAUGAAC